GGGUAAUGGAGUUGGCGACUGCGAACUUCAGUGAGGGGAACGCGAGCGGGCCCGAACCUCCCACCGCGGAGGCACCGCCGCUCUUCGGCAUCGGCGUGGAGAACUUCGUCACGCUGGUGGUGUUCAGCCUGAUCUUCGCGCUGGGCGUGCUGGGCAACAGCCUGGUGAUCACAGUGCUGGCGCGGAGCAAGCCCGGCAAGCCGCGCAGCACCACCAACCUGUUCAUCCUCAACCUGAGCAUCGCCGACCUGGCCUACCUGCUCUUCUGUAUUCCUUUCCAGGCCACCGUGUACGUGCUGCCCACCUGGGUGCUGGGCGCCUUCAUCUGCAAGUUCACCCACUACUUCUUCACGGUGUCCAUGUUGGUCAGCAUCUUCACUCUGGCCGCGAUGUCGGUGGACCGCUACGUGGCCAUUGUGCACUCUCGGCGCUCCUCCUCCCUGAGGGUGUCCCGCAAUGCGCUGCUGGGCGUGGGCUUCAUCUGGACACUGUCGAUUGCCAUGGCCUCACCUGUGGCCUACCACCAGGGCCUCUUCCGGGACGUCAGCAAUCAGACCUUCUGCUGGGAAGAGUGGACCAACAAGAGCCACAAGAAGGCCUACGUGGUGUGCACCUUCGUCUUUGGCUACUUGUUGCCGCUGCUGCUGAUCUGCUUCUGCUACGCCAAGGUCCUUACUCAUUUGCAUAAAAAGCUGAAGAACAUGUCAAAGAAGUCAGAAACGUCCAAGAAAAAGACGGCGCAGACGGUCCUGGUGGUGGUGGUGGUGUUUGGGAUAUCUUGGCUGCCCCACCACGUCGUCCAUCUCUGGGCCGAGUUCGGGGUCUUCCCGCUGACCCAGGCCUCCUUCUUCUUCAGGAUCGCCGCCCACUGCCUGGCCUACAGCAACUCCUCGGUGAACCCCAUCAUCUACGCGUUCCUCUCCGAGAACUUCAGGAAGGCCUACARGCAAGUGUUCAGGUGCCACGUCCACAACGAAUCACCGCCCAGUGACAACAGAGAGACCAGAAGUCGAGUGGACACCCCUCCGUCCACCAACUGCACUCACGUGUGA